AUGUGUGUUUUCGAACAUGAAUUGACUUACAGUGGAUUUAUAAUUACGAAUACCGCGCUUACGAUGUCUCUGCUUCGUGCCGCGGAGAUUUACCGAGGUCCAGAGCGCUUCAGUCUUUAUCGUGGUUUUGGAUAUUUCUGCGCAUUUCACUCGGUUGCUUGGUUCAGCACUUCCUAUUACUUUGGCUGGCUAACUGAAGAGCAACGCGUGGAGUUCCGGCGCUCAUGUACCGAUUUCUUUAGCCGGGCGAAAGCUCUUUUCAUUAAAACCACUGCGGAUAAAGCCGAAGUACCUGACCCGGUUGUUCCUCCACCUCCGAGCACCCCCGAGACAGCAGCGAAAACCAGUUCUUUGUGGUCAAAAAUUCGUUCUCCAAUUUCACUGCCUAAGUCUAAACGUAAACGGUCUACUGAUACUGACAGGAAGAUGGUCUCAGCUGCCGCUUUUAGCUUUGCUGUGCUUAUGCUCGCUGCGGGUUUCUAUGUACCACGACGCGCCGUACAUCGCAUCGUACUUCUUCCUCCCGUACGCUCGCCAUCUUACUCCACAGCUACCGCGGACCAGCUAGUGGAGGUCCACACUUACGGUGGUUUCGGUCUUUUCCGGCAGGGAGUCAGCUUUCGCACUCCGUUGUCAACAUUGCGAGGAGUCGGAUGGAAGUUAGACUCAACACAGCUUGUGUACUUUGCAGUUAAGGGAAGGCCUUUCCCAUUUUUUGCGGAGAAAGUGAAUGCUUCGUUUCCUCAUCCGGAGGUGUACAACGGUGUCUUCGCGGAAAAUCUUAAGUACUAGCUUGUUUUGUGUAUUUGGUUCCAAUUUAAUCAUGUAUCGGUAUAUGAUCCAGUAAAAUGUAUGCGUUUUCUCAACCGACACUCCUACUCAACAUAUUACACUUCUGCUUGCUAA